UCACAAACACUUUUUUCUGCUCCUGCUUUGUGGGUGUGCUCUUUGAAAAACCAAGGAGAAUUCCCUCGGAAUAGCAUCAAAACAAACUGGAAAAUUGACUUUGGACAAGUCCAGUGGUACAACAAAUACCAAAAAUCCAUUACAGAACCGGAGGAGCAGCACCUCCAGCCACAUACAUAUUCAUACAUAAUGCCACGCUACCGUGAAUGGGAUUUAGCCUGCAAAGUUUACGUGGGCAAUCUGGGAUCCUCGGCCUCCAAAUACGAGAUCGAGAACGCCUUUAGCAAAUACGGACCCUUGCGCAACGUCUGGGUGGCCCGCAAUCCGCCCGGUUUCGCCUUCGUCGAGUUCGAGGAUCGUCGCGACGCUGAGGAUGCGACCCGUGGCCUCGACGGCACCCGCUGCUGUGGCACCCGCAUCCGUGUCGAAAUGUCAUCAGGCCGUUCACGAGAGGGUCGCGGCGGUGGCGGUGGAGGCGGCGGUGGUGGAGGCGGAUCCGGUGGCGGCGGCCGCGGCGGUGGCAGUGGCGCCCGUGCUGGAGGCGGUGGAAGGGCUGGCGAUGGCGGUGGACGCUAUAGGAUAAAGUCUUCUUCUUCUACUACAACAAGCACAACAAGAACUACUACAACAACAACAUCAAUAAUAAUAAUAAUAAUGAUAAUUAAAAGAACAACAAAGAAAAAAGAAAAAACAACAACAGCUACUACUACUAGAACUUCUACUACUCCUCUUCCUUCAACAACAACAACCAAAAGAACAACAACAACAGCUACUACAAGAACAACUAGUACAACAGCAGAUCCUGCUCCUCCUAUUACACACAUUUCACCAACAACAACAACAACUACAGCCACCACUACACCACCACCAUGCAAUAACAAUUUGUUGUGCGGCCCUAACCAGAAAUUCAACAAAUUCGAUAUAUUCCGCUGACCACAAAACCAAGAACCAGAACCAAACCGAACGACCGCAACACUACCACACCCCCUCCACCACCUGUUCAGCUCAACCCAGGCAAAAAAAAAAAAAAAGAAAAACAGAACAGAAAAAAAUGAAUCAUCAGCAACGUCUUCGGCUCCGCAGCUUCAAGAAUAAUGCACCCAAAACCAGACCGAACACCACCCACAGUCACCUAACUAUACAUUCCACUAUGGGGCACACGACUAGCUACAAACUAAAGAAAAGAAAACGAUUUAAGUAAUCUUCGAUCUAUGCCUAUUUUGAAUAGGAUUUAGCUGCUAAACGUUGGUCUUUUUUCUUUGUCAAAUAACAGAAUAUUGCUUUGGAAUAUAAAUAGGAUUUAGCAAACGAAGAUGGUCGUAUGCCCCACAGUGCAUUCCACAUUUCCACAUCAUUUAUAGUCUGUUAGUUGGCAACAUCUUCAGGCUACACAACAGACACACUCACACAAACAGCCAUUAACCACACUAAUCACCAAGAACCAGAGCGAACCGAUCGUCGGCGGCAACAGAGCAACUUCAUCAAGAAUCCAAAUGCCAAAAUGCAUCUAUUGCAUAUUUAUAUAUAUAUUAUACACACACUCACCAGUCCAGCAACGCUUCAAAAAGUCAACUUCCUACGUCUCCAAGUUGUGCGGUUGUCUUCAGCCUGCUCCUACGUCCCCAACAAACCACCCACCACCUCAUCAUCCGUCAUCUUUAGUGCAGCUACAGCAUCAGCAACAAGCUACAGCUACAAAGACCAACUGCAACAACAGCUUCUACUUCUACUACUACUACUACUACUACUACUACUACAACAAGAACAUCUGGCAGCCAGUCAGCAAAUCGAUCUCGAGGCUGAAAAGCCUUUGGUAGACUUUUUGUUGGUUCCACCACUCAGUAGUUGCACCUUUCCCUUGCAAUCAAACCAAGAUUGAGGCUGCUUCAUGCUAAUUCCUUCAAUCGCAGCAAGUAUGAAACCUUUGGCCGCCACCAACAACACUGUCCCUCGAACCGAAACGAAACGUAACGUAACGCCUCUAACAAAAUCCGUUUGUUAUACUCGUAAUUGUAAUUAUGGUUGUUUUUUUUUUUACCUUUUGUUCUUGCAUCCUAACAUCUACUGAGAUAAUCUUGUUCGCGCUAAUUGUCUGCUCUCUGUGUGUAAUAUACAAGUAUAUUGUGUAAAUGUGUGUUUAUAUGCAUUGAUCCGAUCAGCUCGAACUCACAGUCAGACAGUUCACCAACAAAACGACCCCACCAACAAUCGACCAAAGCACCAGCAGCAUCAGCAGUUCAGGGCAGGGCAGAAUCUUCUUCAAGCUCGCAACUUCACAGCGCGGAUGGUAGGAGCUGCACCGCCACCACCACCAAACCACAACCACCAACCUGAUCCUCUCUUGCUGCUAACUGAUGCUUCCCCACCAACUGCUUCUUCAUACGACCUACGUUCUUCGGCUGCUGCAACAGAAUAGAAUGAUUCACCAAUAUAUCCACCAACAACACACACC